AAGACUUGGACUAAAAGUCUAGCUAUAGUAAUUAAAUGCAGGACAGGCUGGCAUGCUGCCGGCAGUCUCAUCCAAUCCUGAUCUUACUCCGGAUGAGGACUGCACUCUAGAUUUGCUCGCUACCGAGUAUCUUUCGUAGACCAACCGAAGCCAAAGCCAAUGACACACAGUUGUUGAUAUGGAUGACUGUGAUGCUGUUUGCAGCGUUCACACUGCUAUGGUCGCACUGUGAUGCUCAGUUGCGAUUACGCGCAAACUCAGCUGGCGACUACACAAUCCUUCUGGAUGAACAGCCACUUCUAUAUGGAUCUGGUGUGGCUAUCAUCAGCGAGCAGGAGUGGUUUUCUAGCGAUGCAAACCACACAGUCACUGAUGACUCUAGCAGGCAUGAUGGCAAGGAAAAUGCUCCAAAGCCUGUCGCUAAGAAAUUAGUCCUGGCGAGCAGGAGACUGCGAAGUGAUGUUGACUCCAUAGGGGAUUACAGUGGCUGGGAGGAAACCUGGAAGGCCGGCGAUGUCACGUUUGUGACAAUUGCAAAGACGUACCCACGUGUGGGAAACAUCAUUGCUUUCACAUACAACAUCACAAACACAUCAUUGACGGGAACGCACGGUGCCGACUCUGGUGACGUCAUCACCAAUUAUCCGGUACUAAGGAAGGCCGAAGACUCGUUCCUUGAGCAUGCCACGUAUCUAGGCUGGCAGUCAUCCCAAGUUCAAAAUGCCAUUGGUCCUGAAGAAGAGAGAAAAAACUAUGGCAUAACAACAGGUCCACGAGUUUAUGUGAAUAGCGCUGCACCAGUGAACACUGCGGGCGUCAUCAUACUGUCCGUGUUUGAUCACUUCCUGAGCUCCAGUCAGACAAACACCCGCUACAAUGGAGAGAAGGCUGACUGGAUACCCGGUAUAAGCCGCUCUGUCCUGAGCUUGCCGGCUGGAUUCAAUCAAACAUUUCUAGUUUUCUAUGGCCAGCAUGGUCUGACACAGGCCAUGCAUGAUUACGGGAAACUCAUGCAGGCUACGCACUCCCCUAACGGCAAAGCCGCGAAACGUGCAGACCCGACUCUACAAUACCUCGGCUAUCAGACCGACAACGGAGCUAUGUACUGUUACUGUACGGAGGGCUGUGUGCAGAAGCUGUUGAACGUCAAGGCCUACUUGGAUGACAUCAAUGUUCCAAUUCGUUAUUUAUCGCAUCAAGGAGAAUGGUGGCUGAAGGGAACUGAUGUAUCCUGGUGUGUUAGUGAGUGGGAACCGAAUGCAGCGUACGCUGGCAUGUCUGUCAAGGCAUUUCGGGAGAAAUUCGGCCUUCCGCUUCAGCUGUAUGCGCCGUAUUUUUGCAAUGAUACCAAGUAUGCUAAGAGUAAGAGUAAUGGAGGGAACUUCUCCAUGUUGAUCAGCAAUGCAUCACUAUGUCAUGGUGCUUUCAUGACCAGCACACCAGAGCAGGCUUCUGUGUUCUACACUGCACUAUUCACACUGGGCAUCAGCAUGGGAAUGAUGUCAUACGAAAUUGACUUCCUUACAGCCAAUUACUAUUGUGUAUCAGCUCUGACGAAAUCAGUGUCGGCUGCAGAGAUGUGGAUGGAUGGUCUGAACCAAGCAGCUGUGGAUAAAGAUAUUCCAAUGCAAUGGUGUCUGGCAGCAUCUACAAAUGUACUUCUCUCACUUUACUAUCCCUACGUCACAAACAUCAGAGCUAGCCGAGACUUCAGGAACGGUGUAAGCUAUAAAGUGGGCUUCAGCUCUCUGUUGAUGUGGUCCAUGGGUGUAGCACCGUCCAAGGAUACCUUCUGGACUACUGACAACAUGCCACUUGCUACUCAAAUCGGAGGCUGCAAGCCACAGGGCUGUCCAGCUGAUCAUACCAAUGCUUCACUGGAGCUGCACACUAUACUAGCUAUCCUAUCGACUGGCCCGGUUGGAUUCAGCGAUGCUCCAGGCAUGACUAAUAGAUCUCUGAUAAUGCGCACUUGCCAGCAAAACGGCAGGCUACUGCAGCCAGCAAAGCCAGCCACUGCUCUUGAUGCCACUAUGAGCAGUAAACGAGCACCACAAAAUGGCAGUAUCUUUGGUACCUACUGCGGUAGGGGAAAGCAGACGGUGGCGUUCAUUCUGGUAUCUUUCCAGCUGACGGCAAGUUGGAUGCUUACAGCCGCUGAUCUUUGGUUACCAUCUGGCAACCUGGCUACACUGUGUAAUACGACUAGACCAGGCCAGUCCGGGUCAGACAGUGAUGUCGGGUCAGACAGUGAUGUCGGGUCAGACAGUGAUGUCGGGUCAGACAGUGAUGUCGGGUCAGACAGUGAUGUCGCUGACUCUGUGUUGUUGGUGUAUCGUGUACGAUGGAAUGAACCGCCGUGCAUCACUGGUCAUGCAGCCAGCCAGUGUGUGAAUACUGCCACUGUCCCGACAACAGAUGAUGGCUCUGCUGAGAUUUUGACAAUACCAGCCAGUCCAAAAGAUGGAAGUUUCACGCCAUACCUGACAACCAUCUGGCCAGUGAUGUGCGACAAUGGCUGGGUUCUUCUGGGCGAACUGGACAAGUACGUUCCAGUUGCGGAGAGUCGCUUUCCUUACAUGUACGAGUGUACGGCGACAGGUUUGCAGGUAAACGUGCAAGGAAGUCCUAAUGAGAUUGUUAGUGUGACUGCGCUGGGCCCUCACGACGGUGUCCCAGCAGCAUGGGUGUACGUCAAGAAGGUUGUGUUGGGAGAGACAGGCUCAACGCUCGUGCAGUUCUCUGCCACUAUGGCCACAGACUGAGAACUCAGCGAGGCAUGCAGUACAGGAGGAAGGUGUUGGAUUACACUGCACUGAUGCGUAGGCAACUGCUGCUUUGCCAUAGUGAUCACAUUGAGUUACUCGGUAACCAUGGUAGCUGGGUGUAGAGCUGAGUCCAUGGCUACCUGCUGCUGCUCCAGCCUAUCGGAUUUGAGUUUUCUUUUUCCCUUUCAUUCCCCUGUACAUUUUUAUUUUAAAAUGAGGCUGAGUUUUCAUGCUACACUACUCUACACUACUCUACACUACACUACACUACACUACACUACACUACACUACACUACACUACACUACACUACACUACACUACACUACACUACACUACACUACACUACACUACACUACACUACACUACACUACACUACACUACACUACACUACACUACACUACACUACACUACACUACACUACACUACACUACUCGUAGUAUCACAAGUUCGAGUUACUUGUACAUGUGCAUGUUCUACACAUUGUAGUGUGCAUAUAGUACUAUUGUGUACAACAGCACUGCUCAAUGUGGAAAUCCCAUCGAGUCACUCAAGUACGCGCCUGGCAUUGCGCGGCUCUAGACCUGCGAACACUGGGCUGCGAAAUGGUGCAAGGCGCAAACUUGACUCACACGAUCAGACUUCAUAUUGAGCAGCACUGCGUACGUAUACAGUCAACUUCACUAAUAACGACUGCGGAUAUAACGACUGCGGAUAUAACGACUGCGGAUAUAACGACUGCGGAUAUAACGACUGCGGAUAUAACGACUGCGGAUAUAACCACUGCGGAUAUAACGACUGCGGAUAUAACGACUGCGGAUAUAACGACU